UGGAGCUGAUCCAUAUUGUGCUUACAAAACAUUCAUCUUAAUCUCGAACUACCGAAGCCAAUAAAUAUAUAUAAAAUAAAAUUGAACUGUCCAUUUUGUAAAACUUAUAAGAUGGCUAUUACUGUUGAUUUGUGUGUUGAUAAAAAGCUUCUUAAUCAUGAUUUUGAAAAGUAUCAAUUUUGUUCAGAAAAAGUACCGAUAAAAUACGAGAAAAAAUUGGAAGCCGAAAUUUUACAAUUGGAGCCAAAUGCAAAUCAGGCUUCCUUAUUAGAAGCAAGGCUAUUUGCCUUUCACAAUAAUUUAUUUAAAAAUCCAUUUGAUUCUACUUGUUGGUUCAUAGACAAUAAUGGUUCGAUUUGGAGAUAUGAUGCUUCUGAUGGAUCAUUGGAUAAAAUUUAUACAAGCAAAAAGAUUCAUUCUAAUGCAUUAGUUUACAAUUCAUCUAUUAGCUUUGCAUCAAAAAAUAUUGCAGUGAUUAAUGAUGGAAAUGGAGCCCUUACUUUUCUGAAACUAGAAAAUGAUAAAAGUGUCAAUAUUUUAUUAAUUGAUGAAAUUGAUGAAACUGUAAUAUUAGAUGCUAGAUUGAUAGAACUAACUUCAAAAAUAAUUGUUGCUCUGUACAAAGUAGAGAAGAAUCAAGGAAAAACAUUUUCAAGACUUAUAUUUUUGUUUUAUAAUUAUAAAACUAACUUUGAAGAUAAAAGUAUAACACUCAAAUUAGUUCAAAAGCAAACAGCUAAAGUAUCAAAAGUUGUUGAGAAUUUAUACAUUGAAAAAACCGGAACAUUUUUCUAUAUAACAAGUCAAAAUGAAAUUAAAUUUGACUUUGAUUCUGUUAAUCCAAUAAAAAAUAACGACAACACAACAAUUGAUAAUAGAGAAAUAAAAAUUCCUCGGUAUUGUUGGUCUCAAGACAAAGAUUCAAUAACAGUUUAUAUCAAAAUUCCAAAAAAAUAUGACAACGUUAAAGCAAAAGUAGAAACCACACAUACAAGUAUUUCAAUUUUAGUUGGAGAUCUGACUUUGUUGGAUGGACAAACAACUCACAGAUUAGAAUCAGACUUGACAAUAUGGAAACAGAAUGAUGAUACUUUGGAAGUUGAGUUAUCAAAAUACGAAAGUGGUUUAAUGUGGAAUGAAUUGAUAGUAGGAAAUGAUGAGGGUGAAUAUUUACCAAAUCAAGAGUUAGCAGCUGAAAUUCAUGCAAGACUAUCGCAUUUAUGUUCAGAUCAACUGGUAACAAAUAUCCAAGGUCAACCAACUAUUGGUUUUAAUUCAGAACAACUUGAAGACUGCGAUGUGAGUGGAGUGCAAAAUUUGCUUCAGAGAUGCAAUUUCAAUACUCAUAGUAUUACCCAUAUAAUUAUGCUUGAUGUUGGUAAUCAUAUAAUAUACAGUGAAAAACAGGUUUCCACACAAGCUGUUUGCAUAAGAUAUAAUCAUGACGGUUGUCUGUGGAUAAUUGAAGAGUCUAAGGAUGGUGAUUGGGAUGUAAAACAUGUUAACACGUUUCCUGCUUUUGGAUACGUUGAGGCCAGCAAAACAAAUAAAAAAUUUUGUAUUUCCUCACCAGAUGGAUCCUUUAUAGCUAUAAUUGAGCAUACAAGAAAUGUAUUUUUGUAUGAGAGGCCAGAAAGAGGUGCGAAAAUUGCUAAGCAAAUAAUAGUAGAGAUUGGAAAUGACGAAUCAUCGAUCAUAGGAGCUGCUUUUGUGGAUAAAUGUUUAAUUAUUUUAACAAAAAAUACUUUGUAUCAACUUCAAGUUUAUUCUUAAUACCUUUCGUAAUUACAACUAUUUCUAUAAAGGAAUGCAUAAAUAUAGCUAGAUAUACAUACAGUUUUAUGCA